AUGGCCCAUAGGUUGGCGGCGACCAAAGGCGGCGUUGAUCUCGAGGCUUUGUCUCCUAGAGAUGCCAACGCCCAACGAUUGCCCAAAGCUACGGAAAACAAAGUCAAGACGGCAGCACAACUUCGAGCUGCAAAAGACAAGGAGCAUCCUCCGCCUCCGCCUCCCGAAGUCUUUGAGCCAUGUAGCUCCGAUCGCCCAGAUGGAGCUACCUACCAAGUAGGCAAGCUGUUAGGGAAAGGUGGUUUCGCCAUUGCCUACAGCGGCUUGCACGUAGCAACCAAGCAAAAAUAUGCUUUGAAGAUUGUCAAGAGCAAAAUGCCUCCAAAGAUGGAGCAAAAAUUUCAAACCGAGCUUCAAAUACACUCCAAAAUGAAGCACAAGAACAUUGUCCAGUUCUUUCGGGCCUUUUCUUUCGACAACUGCGCAUAUCUCGUCCUAGAACAAUGCAACAACGGCUCAUUGAUGGAUAUGGUCAAGCGCCGCAAGGGGAUCACCGAACCCGAAGUUCGCUUCUACUCUGUUCAAAUCACUGGAGCAAUCAAAUAUAUGCACGCCAAAGGCAUCAUUCACCGUGACCUGAAGAUGGGCAAUAUCUUUUUAGAUUCUCACAUGAACGCCAAGAUUGGUGACUUUGGAUUAGCAGCUUUGGUUGUUACUGGUAGGGACAUGCAAACCAUUCGCCGUACAACGCUCUGCGGAACGCCCAACUACAUUGCCCCUGAAAUCUUGGAAAAGGGUAAGAAGGGGCACGACCACAUGGUCGACAUUUGGAGCUUGGGAAUUAUCAUGUUCGCUAUGCUCACAUCAAAACCUCCGUUCCAAUCCUCCACUACGGAUGAGAUUUACCGCCGAGCCAGGGAGAGAGAUUACGAGUGGCCGACCAGCGAAACGUCUCAAAAGUACAUUAGCCAGGAGGCUAAAGAUUUGGUCGCCACUAUGCUGGAGGACGCGGACCGUCGCCCUGAGCCGGACGAUAUUAUUCAACACCCAUUCUUCACCUGUGGGUACAUGCCCACAGACAUCGACAUGAGCUACCGGCUCCGUGAACUACCGCCGGAGCGGCAGGAGUUUUAUGCCACUCGAAUGGGCAGCUCUAUGCAGGCUACUUCCUACCGAAAUUUGAAAGAAAUGUGCCGGGAGAGUGGAAUUGGUCCCUGGUCUGACGCCAAGGUCAUCCACUCGCAAGUUUGGAAAGAGAUGGCACAAGAGGAGAAGGUUGGCCUGACUCCCACGAUUCCACUUGCCGAGAACAUAGUGUAUCGACCAUUUGACGACUGGUUGCGAGAACAUAUGCCGCAAAGGAGCAAGUUCUCAAACUCAGUCGGCCCUCACACCACGCAAGUAGCACCAAUUACGGAGGAACCGCAAAAUAAUGCCCAGAAGACAUCUUUAGGUCUGCUGAGGCAGCCUCCCCAGAGCUUUGCUGCUCAGCAGCGAGCUCAAAGCAGACCUACUGCAUCUUCAUCUACCACCAAAUCGAAUCCUCCUGUCGACCCUGCCCUGACAGCUAGCCAAAGUGUACGGGGGUCAUUGCGCCGAGAAGUUAUUCGGGACACAGCCUCAAAGGGACUUUCAGAAGGAUCUCACAAGAGUGCCCGCGGCUCUACCCGUACAGGUCUUCCAACAACACGUUCAGCCCCGAGUCUGCAGGUUGUUGAGCGGGCAGCCACCAUGACAUCUGCUCCAUUACAACCACUCAAGAGGUCAAACUCACAAUCCAUUCGGUCGACGACUCUCUUCGCCCCGUCCGAGAAGACAGAGGGCAUUGCUGGUUCAAAGCCAGACAUUAUCCUUGAGCGACUGAGAAAAUUGCAAGCAGAAUUGGAGAGGGCAUUGAACUCACGGACCAUGGCCAUUAUUUCCUCCAAGACUGUAUCACCUCCUCACCCGCACGUAGUGGUCAAAUGGGUCGACUAUACCAACAAGUUUGGGCUUGGUUAUAUUUUGAAUGACGGCAGCGUUGGAUGUGUAUUGAGAGAUAUUCCAACUACCGAGGGCAGCAAAACCGUCAUGCUGCCACCAGCGGGAAUUUUCAUUCGAGGCGCCGAAAAACAUAUUCUCCGUCGGGAGGAUAAAUCCUACUUUGACCGGAGCCAGCCGGUUCCCAUGACAGAGGCAAUCAAGUUUUUUGAAAAUAACGGCGAGAGUGGCCUGGCCGAAGUCAACGUUUCGCCCGAGCAGUUUCGGGUGUCUAUUGGCGACGACGGCACGGCUGGUAAGAUGAAUCCGGGCAAGGACAUUUAUCAGCAUCGCAAGCGGGAGAGAAUCAUUCUCUGGAAGAAGUUUGCCAACUACAUGAUUGCCUAUGGCAGAGACGAAAACCUCCCUGUUGAAGAGACUGAGGGGCAAGGAGUCAUGUCGCCAGGGGCCAAAGGCACAAUGGCGGAGCUCGUAACCUUUUACCAGAGGUUUGGAGAUGUCGGCUGCUGGGUGUUUUGUGACGGGCAUCUUCAGUUCAACUUUCCUGAUCACACCAAGAUUGUACUGGAUGCCACUGGCACUUGGUGUCACUUUUGGCAUCUCCCCCAGGACGCUGCGGAAAGGCUGGCGUCCACAGGCACGAUAGGCGCAGCGGCCCUGGACGACCGCGCAACGCUGUCGUAUCCAUUGCAGACGCUGCUCAACUUCCAAAGCAGGUCGUCUAGCCGCUCGGCCAGCACUCGCAAACGACCCGAGAUUGAUCCCGAAGUCCAAGGCAUUCCCGCCGCCAACGACUUUCGACGCAAGAUUGAGUUUAUCAAGAAUGUCGUCAAAGAAUGGGUUUCCAAUGGUGGUCUUGGAAACAGCUCCAUGAGCAGAGAGUCUCGCCUACGGUGGACAGGAUUCCGAGAGCUGGUCAACACAACAAUUCCCCAGAAGCACGUCUGGGUCACGAUUGGUGCUCGUUGGGGAGACCAGCGAUUGUCAACACUUGUCGAUCCCCGCAAACCCUGGGAAUUGGGUGAAGAAGAGGUUGACAGCUCCAAGAAAUGA